CGCAGCAAUGCGGCGCGCCCCAGCAGCUUUGGACUCUGCCUAGGGCCUAGGGCCUAGGGGGGCCCCGGCCGGAACGAGGCCAUGUGAUGUGGCACGCGGCAGAUGCAUGGCAGAUGGCUGGCGCUAUGCUGCUGGCUGGCGGUGCCAGCCUGCUUCUGCACCCGCCCCACCAGCUCCCUCGUGGCGCCUCGGAACCUGACCUCACAUGCCACCCGCGUUUGUUCCUGCAGGAUGAGAAGCAGGGCCGGGGGCAAUCGGUGCUGGAUGCGGCGAUUGUGGAGCCGUGGCAGGGCAGCAGCUCGGUAGGCGGGGUGAAGUAAGCAAGGGGUGCGCUUGCUUGACUACGCCGUGUGAGCAAGCAUGAAGUAAGCCUGAUGAAUGUAUUGGCAAAACAGCAGGCACACUAUGCUUAGCUCUGUUUAAUGCACUGUAGUCACCGCCUGUCUGCUGCAAUGGAUAUGGCACGCCGUGCGCCUCCCCUGGCCCGCACUGUUUGCCCAAGAACCCGCCGGCUAGCGGGGUGUGCCGCUUGCCAACCACACCUACUUUAAGUGAGUCAAGUGCCCGGCGUGGAUGCCUUGAACCUUUGCGCCCCGGAGAGUGGAGGUGUAGUGAUGAGACUGCAAAUGCCGUUCCAGCAGCUGGUGCCGUUCCAGGAGCGAGCCGGUAGCCUGCAUGUGGAACAAGAGAGGGGGCUGGUCCGUUUGUUUCUUCUGCAUGGCAUGCCCGCUCCAUUCUUCUUGGAGUCGUUGCCGCCCAUUUCCCGUUCACCUGGAGGCAUGACUACCAGCUUCCGACUCAACAUGGUGAAGCACCAGCCCCGCAUGCCACCUCCCGGUUGGUUGCUAUCUUCAGGACCUCAGAACGCGUCAUGUAGCGUUGCGUGCUGUGGUACUGAGGUGUUGCGGAACUGUUACCAACUGUUGGUUACUGCCAGCUUUGGUACAUACGGACAGCCCACACAAGCAGCGUCACUCACCACCCAACAACCAACCCGCCGCGUACUAGUACGCACAUCCCAACUUGUGUGGAUACUGUUGCAUGCACACAGGUGUUCCACACCAACUCGCUGGUGCUGUACCAGAACCAGCCCUUCCUGGCCCACUUCACACGAUGCACGCAUGCGCAUACAAAAUCCUACAGGGUGGUGCAAAGCUACUGGUAGUGGUGCAUCGUGUGCCGAUGGUGGUGGCGGUGGUGGUGGAGAUGGAGGAGCGGGGGGCGGUGGAGGAGCGGGGGGCGUGUGGCAGUGGCGCACAGAUGCGGUGGGUGUGGUGACCCACCCAGCGGCUGGCCGAUUCAAACGAGCGGGUGGAUGGUGUGGCCGGGCGGGCGGGCGCGCGGGAGGGCCUAUGCCGGCAGCUGUACGUCGCAACCCCUGGCCUCCGGGGUCGGGUCUAAGGCUUCUCAGUAGUACUCGACGUUCAGGUCUGCCGCCCCCCCCCGUUUGAUGUGGUACACACACACACGCACACACACGCACACGCACACACACGCACACGCACACACACACACACACACACACACAUGCUUCCACCUUUUGCCUAUAGGUGAGCUCGACUACGACCAGCGGGCGGGAAUCCGGGAAUUAGGCGUGCUGGGUAAACGUUGUUUAGCGCGCCCAGGGUGCGGAGCAUGGACGCAUACAGGUGCAUCGCGGGGUCAGGCCGAAUGGUCGCCCGUGGGGUUCCAGGCUUAUCGCGGGUAAGUAUGACUACCUGGGUCACGACAGUCACGCAACGCUCGGUAAAAUGGUGGGUAUCGGUAAGUAACUCCGUCGCGUCGUUGGGCGGGCUUUCGUUUCGUUUUUUAACACACACACACACACACACACCUCUACACACAUACAGGUCCUGGGCGGCGUGGCGGUGGUGGCGGCGUUGGUGGUGGUGAUGGCCCUGGCACUCAUCCGCCUGCCGGCGCUCAUCACUCGCGCUGCCGCCCCCGCGGCCACGACUGCUGUCGUCGCCGCCAGCGUGGCGAAGACUAAGAAGGCCAAAGAAGGCACGUGCCGCCAGUGGUAGAUUUCCUAGAGACGCGCUGACAGGUGCGUGCCACUGCGGCCCACCCUCGGCCGUGGUGCUGACUGGCCGUUUGAAGGGGCGGUGGCGGCGAGUGGGGUGGCGACGUUCGUAGGGGCGACGGGCGCAAAACAUGAGCCACUGAGCCGCGGGCAUUUGCCAUUUGCCAUCUGGUUGUUUGGCCAUGUCUGCGGCUUUCCACGAGGGGCUGCGAGGGAUAGGGCAGCCCUGUACCGCGGGGCGAGCUACGCAACGGCAUUGCUUUGUAGGAGUAACAGAAGUGAUGGCAAGAUGCGGAACGAGUGCCAAAUGAUGGCCGGCGCAGGCAGUUACUGAUAAAGGCUGGAGUUGAUACGGUAGUACACAACAACGAACCCGCGGCGGAGCUUAUCCAAAAGCGGCCCAUGUAACGGCAGACCUGCCGGGGUCCGAGUCAGUGUGCAUCUGUGCCGUAAUAUGUGGCAGCCCCUCACCGGCUUCAGAUUGACAUUGCUUGCUCAUGAUUUAAGGUGAGGGGAAUGACGGCAGCGGGGUUGUUGAGGCGGAGGGUGCCGAGUAGCGGGGAGGGCUGAGUAGCGGGGAGGGCGAGGGUAGAGGAGGGGUGGCCAUCGUGUGCCAAUGGAUCUAUGCCGAAAUCCAUGGCGCUUCACCAAUCCAAAUACAAGUAAUGAACGCAUUCUAUUUCAGGCGUAAAACUUAUCAGGGGCUCACAUGCUCGAUUUCCUCAAACCUGCCAGGACAGCUUCGUUCGAUUGUGACCUCAGGGCAGGCCCAACAGCGAAUGAUGCAUCAUGCAUGUGCACGAAACGUGUUUGAAUUAUUAUAGAUUGAUAAAUGACACAGCGACCUGAGGAGGCAGACGAGCGAUUCUGCCGCGGGAAUGACAGCGUUCCGCGUGCUCAACGUUGCGGAGAAGCCGAGCGUUGCGAAAGAGGUUUCUCGCAUCCUUAGCGAGGGCCAGGCGCGCUCAACUCGUGGGGCGUGAGUUUGGGCUCUGGGAAGCUCGCCCAAGGCU